AUGCAAAAAGAGGUGAUCGUAUUAUUUAUCCAGACGGCCGAAUUCGAGUUGAUUAUGACUACAGCCGAAUUCGAGUUGAUUAUGACUGUCGAGGGUAUUGUCGAAGCGACAGGCAUGACCUUUCAAGCAAGAACAUCUUUUCUACCUGAUGAGAUCCUUUGGGGUCAUAAAUUCAAGCCAAUGGUUUUGAUGAAUGAGAAGCUAUCCAAGUAUGAAAUUCAUUACGGGUUGUUCGACCAUACGGAAAGAGUGCUGGACUUUGACGUGACACCGGUUGAGCCAGAAGAAUUAGAAGAGGAGUUGGCACAUCAUAACAACGCAUCCGGCUUCAUGUGA